GAGCAGACUGUAUUUAAUGUUGAUGCUCUGCUAGUCAGUCUCACCAGACAACAACCCAGUUUCUUAUUGGUAUUUUCUGUUGAUAAAAUCAUACACAACUUGUCUCAACCAUGGGGAGAAAGAAAAUUCAAAUCUCACGAAUCACAGAUGAGCGAAAUAGGCAGGUGACAUUCAACAAACGCAAAUUUGGUGUCAUGAAGAAAGCAUAUGAGCUAAGUGUCUUGUGUGACUGUGAAAUAGCUCUGAUAAUUUUCAGCAGUUCCAACAAACUCUAUCAGUAUGCAAGCACAGAUAUGGAUAAAGUGCUGCUGAAGUACACAGAAUACAAUGAGCCACAUGAAUCUCUUACCAAUAAGAAUAUCAUUGAGGCUCUUAACAAAAAGGAACAUAAGAAUGGCACCUGCAGUCCUGAUAGUCCUGAACCAGAAGGUGAUUAUCAGCUGACGCCACGGACUGAAGCUAAAUACAGCAAGAUAGAUGGGGAAUUCCAGAUGUUGAUGCAAAGAAACCAGCUUAAUGGAGUUAGAGUUGGGAUGAAUCAGUCUUACACUUUGCCAGUGUCAGUGCCUGUAAACAGUAGUUAUUCAGACUCCUCAUUGCUCCAGUCCAGUCCACAGAUGCCACAUACCAGUGUCAGCCCUAGACCUUCUUCAUCAGAAACAGAUACAGUAUACCCUUCAGGUGGAAUGCAGGAAAUGAGCAAUGGGUAUCCAAAUUCCUCUUCACCCCUGGGAGCAGCAUCUCACUGA